CACAAUGCCGCACUCUACCCUUUGGCUUUAGGACAUUAUGGCUGCGCACUGUUCAUCAAUGGUGUUUUUAUUUACGUUUUUUCGUUUUUUCUCUUAUUUAAAACAGAGGAAUGUAGACAGAGUUUGGCUUCGAUUAUAACUUUACAAAAAAGCAUUAGGAGAUUUCUGGAGUUAAAGCUCUAUUUGCGUCAGGAACGCUGAAACACGUUUUGCUUGUUGGCUAACGAGUCAGAUAGCCAGGUAGGAUAGUUGCCUGUCACCGGUCCGAAUUUAGCUGUUAUAAACUCAGUUCACACUAAAUUAACUCGUGUUGUAAGUGCAAUGAUUGUAUAGCUUGUUAGUUAACCGCAACAAUAAUUGCUAUAACUCGAUCACUAUACGGGAACACACUAGUUAUCUAUUCAUAGCUAUGUUUACCCCUGUAAAGUCGUCUUAUUUCAGAGUCAGUCCCACUACUAUCAACAGAGAGCUAGGCAAGACCAAGAUGAGAUAGCAAGAGGAGUUAUUAGUUAGCUAACACAAUUAGACAUUCAAUUCAGUCCCCUGAAGGUGCGUUUCACAGGAAAGAGAGAAACAGACGCAAGCCCAGCCAUGUUUGGGAGUCUUUUUGAGGAAGAGGAGGAGGGAUUUUCUCUGGCUCCCUCAGGAGGUAGAGUUGUAAAGGGGGAAGGGGAGCCACCUCCACCCCGGGGAAGAGUGAAUCUCAGCGGGAUUAAAAACCAGGGAGGGACGUGCUACCUCAACUCCCUGCUCCAGACCCUGCUCUUCACCCCGGAGUUCAGAGAGGAGCUGUUCAGUCUGGGUCCAAAGGAAUUGGGCUGCCUGGAGGACAAAGGCAAACCAGAGGCCAAGGUCAGGGUUAUUCCAUUGGAGCUCCAGAGGCUGUUUGCUCGUCUACUCUUGGUGGACCAACAGAGUGCCUCUACUGCUGAUCUCACUGACAGCUUCGGAUGGAACAACAGCGAGGAGAGCAGGCAACAUGAUGUGCAGGAGUUGAACAGGAUUCUGUUCAGUGCCCUAGAGCACUCCCUGGUGGACACCAGCGGUAGUGGGUUCAUCCAGCACCUCUACCAUGGCACCACUGUCAACAGCAUCCUCUGCAAAGAGUGUGGCAACAUCAGCCAGAGACAGGAGGACUUCCUGGACCUGACAGUGUGUGUACGUGGCGUGUGUGGCCUGGAGGGGGCGCUCUGGGACAUGUUUGUGGAAGAGGAGAUGUUUGAAGGCAGUAACCUCUACCGCUGUGGCCAGUGUGACCAACUAGUCACUGCUGCUAAGUCUGCCAAGCUGAGGAAGCUCCCUCCCUUCCUGACAGUGUCUCUGUUGAGGUUUAACUUUGAUUUUGCCAGGUGUGAGCGUUACAAGGAGACUGGUCGCUACACCUUCCCUCUCACCAUCAACCUCAGGCCCUUCUGUGAACAGACUGAAGACGAGGACUCGGAGUACUCCUAUGAACUCUUCUCUGUCAUCAUCCAUAAGGGAGGCUGCUAUGGCGGCCAUUACCACGUCUACAUCAAAGACAUGGACCACCUAGGCUUGUGGGAACCGCCGGAGGAGGAUUCCAAACCCAAGGUUCAGAAGAAGAAGGAAGUGAGAGUGUAUCCUGAGCCGGAGAAAGACGACCCUCUAUCUGUACUCUCCUCCAUAAUAGCCCAGGAGGAGAGCAGGAGCGUGCUGCUGGACCAGCUGGGCCAGAGACUGAUGGACAAGAUCGGUUCUUCCUGGAGCAAGAAGUACAGGAAAUUCCACGGCCCCAUAGGCAAGUUCCUCCAGAACCACAGUGAUGUGUUUGUGUUGGUCAAUAACGGCACUCGGGUGGCCCUGAAAGCCAACCCCCCUAGCCCGGUGACCCAGCCCUCCAGCCCAGCCCACCCAACCCCUGGCCCUAGCUCUACCCCAGACCCAGUCCACAACAACACAGCCAACCCCCAACCAGAACCAGGACUGGAGACGGCACCGGAACCACAGGGCAGCCACUGGUUUGAUCUGAAUGACUCCACAGUGACGUCGAUCCAUGAGAGAGACGUAGAGAAAAUGUACCAGGGAAAGGAGAGUGCCUACAUGCUGUUCUAUAGGAAGACACUGCUACACAGGCCUUCUGGAGCCCUGAGGAAUCCUGGGUAUAAGGUUCCCCCUCACCUCUUGGAGAUGGCUGAAGAGGAGAACAGAAGACUACAACAGAGACGGGAGGAGUUUGAGGCCAGCAAUAACAGUGUUGAGCUGCGUCUCCACCUAGCGCCGUGCUAUAGGUUGGAGAACGGAGCUCUUAAGCCAAUCAGCAUAGAGCAGAAAGAGGCCACAAACUUCACCUUCGACCUCCGCAGGACCGUAGGAGACUUGCGAAUGAUCAUCUACCAGAUGCAGGAUCUCUGGGAGGGGGAUAUGGCUCUGACUGUGGCCAAAUGUCUGCCAGCCGGCCUUCACCUCUACAACACUCUCACAGAUGAUGAGGUGUCUCUAUACAGUGCAGGCAUCUUGACUGGCACUGAUCUGUUUGUGUGGAACGGCAGAGAGGUUUGUGGGGCGACUGUCCAAAUAGGAGCCGAGUGGGAACCAUUGCUGCUGACCGUGAUUCGCCCCUAUCUGGGAGAAGAGGGGGAGGGAGGGGAUGAGGAGGGGGGAGGCGAGGGAGAGGAAGGAGGCUCGGGGCUGUCGAAGGAGUCGAGGGGGUUUGCUGGGAGGGUGACUCUAGGAGAGGUGAGGGAGGCAUUAGGGGAGCCACAGGAGAGCCUUCUGUGUCAGGAGAAGAGGGGAGGAGAGGGAGGAGGGGCCAGCGGGUGGAGGGUAUUCCCUCCUGGAGACAUGCAGAGGACCCUGAAGGAGCUGGCCUUGAAGGAUGGAGACGCAUUGCUGGUGCUGGAGCCACAGACACCGGACAGCAGUGUGUUCAGUGUGAGUGGUGAUAUGGUAACCGUGACAACACCAUCAGACUGUCGCUGGCUUCAGGUGGAAUACCGACCAGAGAGAAGAAGAAGAGGAGGAGGAGGAGAGGAGGAGGAAGAGGAGGAGAGGAUGAGGGCAAAGGUCCCUGCCUCUGGAAACAUGCUGCUGUGUGAGGUGAAACAGAGGGCUAUAGCGGAGCUGCAGCUACAGGAGCAGUUAGCAGGUGUGGCAUGCUGUUUGAGGCAGGUGGACCGUACAGGGAAACUCCUGCCCCCAGUGUGUGAGGAGCUGAGUGUCCGUGACGCUGGGGUUAGGCUGAUGACCUCCCUGUCCCUCUGUCCUGGAACGGCCCCCAAAGACACACAGCUGUUCCUGUACUUCAGUGUGGGGACAGCACCCUCCUCUGGCUUGGAGGGGGAAAUCAUUGUAGAGCGGUCCAGCACGGUUAAACAGUGUCUCAAGACAAUGUUGGAGUCAGCAAGACUUGAAGGGAACGGUUGGCAUCUAAGGAGGCUGGACUGGUGUGAGGAGGUGGGAGAGGCUUUGAUGGACGAGGAGGCGUCUCUCUCAGAGCUGAAGAUGAGUCAUGGAGACGCUCUGGUGAUUACUGAGGGACGACUUCCUCCCAAGGGUUUUCUGAAGCUGUCAGUCUGGCUGUAUGUGGAGCCAAGAGCCUAUCCUGUGGUCUCUAUGGAAACAGAGGUCAGCGGCACAGCCGAGGGGUCCACGGAGGGUCAGAGGUUGGAGGUCAUGACUGCAGUGGGCGGGGCCAUGGUGGAGCUGAAGACUGUGGGACAGGUGGAGAUCUCAGAGGAGGCUACACUGGAAGAGCUGAAGACUCAGGUGCUGACUCUGCCGGCGCUGCAGUAUGUGUGUGUGCCCACUCCUGCGUUUCUGCGUGUGUGGCAGCUGGAGGGACAGAGACUGACACGUAUCCUCAGAGGACAACAACACACACUCAGGAAGUUGAAGUUGUGCAGUGGGGUGGAGUUGUGUGUGCAGCAGCUACUGAGAGAAGAGGAUCUUGGUCCUAAGGAGGUGUUGCUGCGUGUCCAGAUGGGGGUGCCAGGGGAGAGGGGUUACUACCCUCCAGAGGACCUGGUCUGGGAUGCUUCUCGAGACCCUUCCCCCAGAUCGCUACGCUCUGCCCUGGCCUCAACAUACGGCCUCUCUCCUGACUCCCUGCUACUGGCCAAGCACCAGCCACACACACACACCUGGGAGACUUUCUCCAACUGGAGCCAGCAGGUGUCCAAACGAAAGAAGAAGAAAAAGGCGGAGUCUCUGCUUGGAGCGCCUUUCCACCUUACAGACGGUGACAUCGUCGGUGUCAAGAACCUGUUGAUUGACAAUAACCGGGACUUUAGCACCCAACAGGAUGAGCAGAGGUUGAGGGAAGAGAAGGAGCAACGCAGGAAAGGAGGGCAGGGUGCGGGGGCUGAAGUUGAGACCAACCAAGGGGUGGGACCAGAGAAGAAGAUGGGGCCAAUCAAGGCCAGGAAGCCAGAGGUGGCCCUGUCAAUCAACGUGGGGGUGUUCAGAUAGCCUCGCCUUACACACACACACACACACACACACACACACACACACACACACACACACACACACACACACACACACACACACACACACACACACACACACACACACACACACACACACACACACACACACACACACACACACACACACACACACACACACAAACACAAACAAACAAACAAACAAACAAACAAACAAACAAACAAACAAACAAACAAACAAACAAACAAACAAACAAACAAACAAACAAACAAACACAUACAGUACACAUGCGCGCACACACAGACUUUCUCACCGUGGCAUCGCUCAACAUCAUGAACAAUCUUCUGGACAUCUGUUAGUGUGCCAAACAUUUUUGAUAAUGUGUUCACACAGCUUGACCCCCCCCCAUAGAUCUGCUAUCUUCUGCUAGUGUAGGUCUUACUGGUUCGCUAUACAGACCUCUGUCUACUCAAUGUUACAAGCUGCAGUCUAACUCUCCCUCCAUCUCUCUGUCACUACAUCUGGAUCCCUUCUCCCCUCUACAUGAGAUCCAAUAGGAACCAAUAUUUCUACAUGAGAUCCAAUAGGGACCAGUAUUUCUACAUGAGAUCCAAUAGGAACCAGUAUUUCUACAUGAGAUCCAAUAGGAACCAGUAUUUCUACAUGAGAUCCAAUAGGAACCAGUAUUUCUAAAUGAGAUCCAAUAGGAACCAGUAUUUCUAAAUGAGUUCCAAUAGGAACCAGUUUUUCCACUCAUAGUACUGGGUGUAUUACAUAUAUAUUGGUAUGUAUUUACAGUAUCUGCUGACUAGUUUGCAAUGGUACACACCACAGAGGUAUAGAUAUGUACCAGUAGAUUAUAUACACCUAUAUUUCUAAUAAGAGUUAGUGGGUUUAUAUCCAUGCCUUAACAUGGACGAGCCACAAUUCAGCUCAGUCCGGAAUAGUCCCCCCUACCUCAUUUCUGUCUCUCUGUUGCGCCCUCUCUCGCUCUACCUUUCUUUCCCUCCUAACUUCAUCUUUGCUUAGUGGUCUCACCCUCUCGCCAUUUUCCUUACAUGGGAAAGAGUCCAAGUGUUUUCUCUGUAUCCCAUCAUGCCUCUGCACCAGAGUUGAUCAUGUUAAUCAUACUAUAAUUAUGUUUGUUUCAUGUGCAUGCAGUGGGUGUGUUUGGAUGGACUUCAGGGAGUUAAAAUAAUUAAUGGAUCAUUUGACUAAUAUGUCAUACGUGACUUUCAGAAAUGACGGUUGGACAAUGAAUGCGAGUGACUUUGUUUUUGGAUUAUGAGAAUAUUUGAUUUCCUAACUAAUCUGAUGUUUUUAUUUUUGCAUUUGCUGUAAGAAUAACUUAAGUGAGUUUUGAGUACUGAAUGACUUCUACUUGUGGUGUGGGUCAGUGCCAAGAAGCAAGGUUUGACAGAUGGAGAGUUUUGGAUUAACUACAGAAUAAAACGGAACAAGAAGCAAGGACAGAUAGAUGAAGAGUUUUGUGAUUUGGAUUAAAUACAGAAUAAAACCGAUCAAGAAGCA